UGGGGGGGGGAGGACGCGGGGGAGGGGCGGUGGCCGUGGCAGGGGAGCCUCCAACGGGGGGGGACCCACGUGUGUGGGGUGUCCCUCGUGUCCCCCCUCUGGGUCCUCACGGCCGCCCACUGCCUGCAGGGGAGCCGCGACCCCCGGCUCUACUCGGUGCUCCUGGGGGUGCGGGAGCUGUCGGGGCCCCCCGGGGUGGGCGUGGCCGUGCCCUUGGCCGAGCUCCUCCCCCACCCGGCCUACGCGGGCGAGGCCACCAGCGGGGACAUCGCCCUGGGCCGCCUGGCCCGGCCCGUCGCCUUCGGCCCCACCGUGCGCCCCGUCUGCCUCCCCUCCCCCACCCUCACCUUCCCGCCCGGCACCCGCUGCGUCGCCACCGGCUGGGGGGACGUCGGAGAGGGAGGUGAGGGGGCGACUGGGGGUAAUGGGGGUCAGCUGGGGGCAAUGGGGGCCACUGGGGGCAACUGGGGUCGAG